CAUCCGGCGUCUUCCCGUCCAUUAGCCAACGAUACCCACUUUCAGCCUUUCCAGCUGCAUUCGAUAUUUUCCUCUGGAAAAGCCUCGAUUCGACUAUUUUCCCCACUUUACUGAAUGCACAAUUCCAUCACAAGCAUCAAAUGCAGGGCUCUGGCCCCGUCUCCAGCAGCUGAAGCACGCCCGUCCUGCCCUCUCUGCUCCGGGUCCACUGCCUUCUGUCCUCGCUGAGCCAUGAGCACCCACAGGGAUCUCGAUAUGGUACACCUCCGCCUCAUCCUGGUCAGUGGGAAAACACAGGACUUCACCUUCUCACCAAACGACUCGGCCACAGACAUCGCUAAACAUGUAUUUGAAAACUGGCCCACGGGAUGGGAGGAGGAGCGGGUGAGCAGCCCCAGCAUACUCCGCCUCAUCUUCCAGGGACGCUUCCUUCAUGGCAAUGUGACCCUUGGAGCUCUGAAGUUGCCUCCGGGCCGAACCACAGUCAUGCACCUGGUUGCCAGGGAGACUCUUCCAGAGCCCAACUCUCACGGUCAACGAAACAGAGAAAAAACCACAGAGAGCAAUUGCUGUCUCCUCUUGUAAGGAAACAACCCUUCCUUGUACCCUUAUCUAUGUACCAUAUGCACACACACACACACACACACACACACACACACACACACACACACACACACACACACACAAA